CACCAGCCUAUCCAACCCUAGCUCCUUCUGACCAAGUCCAAAGGCCAUGCCACCGCGUGACCCUUGACCUGACCAGGUCACACACGAAACCGUUCCGCCUUGUUCCACCCCAGGCCCAGCCUUGAACUCGGCCCCAGCCCCCAACCCGGCCGCAGACCCGCUCUCCUGGCCAUGCGGGGGAAGCUGCUGCCGCUAGCUGGUCUCUACCUGGUGCAGGGCCUGCCCUACGGGCUGCAGUCUGGUCUGCUGCCCAUGCUGCUGCGAGCUGGUGGCCUCUCCCUGACUCGUGUGGGACUGGCCAAGAUGCUGUACGUGCCCUGGCUCUCCAAGCUAGUGUGGGCCCCACUGCUGGACAUGCGGGGCUCCCCCAGGGCUUGGCUGAUGCUCAGCACGGCUACUCUGGGCCUGGUGUGCGGACUGCUGGCAGCCCUACCUCCUGCUGAAGCUGGCCAGGCUGAGCUGCCGGUUAUCGUGGCAGGGCUGCUUCUGUUGUUGAACCUGGGUGCAGCUGUGCAGGAUGUGGCCCUUGACACACUGGCUGUGCAGCUCCUGGAACCCGCGGAACUGGGACCUGGCAAUACCGUGCAGGUGGUCGCUUACAAGCUAGGGUCAGUGCUGGCGGGGGGUGGGCUGCUGGCCCUUGUGCCCACCCUCUCCUGGCCCCAGCUGUUUCUGCUCCUGGCUGCCACCUACUGGCUAGCUGCUGCCCUGGCUUGGGCUGCACCGGCCCUGCAACAACUGCCUUCGCCUCAGCCCUCAGAACUUCCCCCACACACCCUCUACCUUCUGCAGGACUUGCUGGCUGUGCCGGGGACCCAAUGGACUGCAGGUUUUGUGCUCACUUACAAGCUGGGUGAGCAGGGCGCCAGCAGUCUGUUCCCACUCCUCUUAUUGGACAGAGGCCUCUCCACCCCGGAGCUAGGGCUGUGGAACAGUGUGGGCGCCAUGGCCUGCUCCAUUGCUGGCUCAUCCCUGGGUGGGGCUCUGCUGUCCAGGCACCGGAAGCUGCUGCCCCUGCUGAGAUCAGUACUUCAGUUCCGUCUUGGGGGCCUUGCCUGCCAGACCACCCUGUUCUUCUACCUGGACACCCUAGGGGCCAAGCUGGGCCCUGGCACAGUCCUGAGAGGUAAGGGGCUGGGCAGGGGGGAGGAACAUCAUACAUCCUGGACCCGGCUGACCUUGGUCCUCCCAGGGGCAGCCUUGCUGAGCCUGUGUCUGCAGCACUUCCUGGGGGGCCUGGUCACAACUGCCACCUUCACCCUGAUGAUGCGCUGUAGCCAGUUGGCACCCAGCGUCCUGCAGGCCACACACUACAGCCUCCUGGCCACACUGGAGCUGCUGGGGAAACUGCUGCUAGGUACACUGGCUGGAGCCCUGGCCGACAGCCUGGGGCUACACCUCUGUUUCUCACUGUUCCUUGCUCUCUCAGUCACGCCCAUUCUAUACCUGGGCCUGGCACCCAGAAUCCUGGCCUGAGCUGGGUGGGAAGACUAGUCAAUAAAGCCAAGUGUGACUAUG